AUGGAUCUUGAAAUCUAUAUUAAUUAUCCAGAGGAAGAAGUCACAACGGGAGGAAAUAUCUUUAUUAAUAGUAUUGUUGAAGAUAGUAAUUUAAAUGACAACAAUAGUAAAGAAGACAAAGACGACAGUAGAGAAAUUUCUCUCAUUAUCCACUAUAAGGCACUAAAUGCUGUAAAGGUGCUGGAACAAUAUCUUAUGCAACAGGAUCUAAGUGAUAAAGCCCGGUUGGACCACGAUCAAGCUCUAUUAAAUUUACAAAAGACAAUCAAAAAAAGUUGA